UUUUAUUACUACACAGUCGUCUAUUGCAGAAUACACACAUACGUCAAAGUUAUUAACUCAAUUGUUAAAACUCUUAGAAUUUCCUUGGAAAGAAACACAGCGAAUAAAAAAUGACUACCGCAGCAAGGCCAACGUUUGAUCCAGCCCGGGGUGGCCAGGGCCGCGGUGAAAAAGAUCUGAGUGCUAUCUCCAAACAGUACAGCAGUCGCGAUUUACCAUCCCACACCAAACUUAAAUACAGGGAACCUGGCCAGAACACAGUCGAUGAGCUGAGAAACCGUGAUUUUCGCAAGGAGUUGGAGGAGCGAGAAAAGGCAGCAGCACCUCGCCCCAGUGGUAAUCGACAACUGGCGAUAGAGCCUGCUCGAGAGGCGGCUGCUCCAAGUGCCAAAAGACAAAAAGUCGAUCAAGUGCCUGCUACUAGCUUAGAUGCAGAUGACCCUCUGGAUGAGGAUGACUCCGACUCCGAAAGCGACGACGAUGAUACCGAGGCACUUAUGGCUGAGUUGCAGCGCAUCAAGAAGGAGCGUGCUGCAGAGCAAGCCAAGAAGGAAAUGGAAAAGCGUCAGGAAGAGGAGAGAAUCAGAAUGGAGAACAUCUUGUCGGGGAAUCCUCUCUUGAACUAUGCCGCACAGAGUGUCAGGACUGAUAUGAAAGUGCGCAGGAGAUGGGAUGAUGAUGUUGUUUUUAAAAAUUGUGCCAGAUCAGAACCCAAAAAGAAGCACGAUGUUUUUAUUAAUGACUCUUUGAGAAGCGAAUUCCACCGGAAAUUCAUGGAGAAAUACGUCAAAUAAGUUAUUGCUUUGUUAGUUUAGAAAUUUAUAUACAUCUACAUCAACACCAUUAAUGAAUUAUUCAUACAGAUACAUUAAACAUCUUGCUGCAAUGUCGCUAAUCUAUACUACUUUUUUGGACUGUUUUACGAUUGUACAGCUAUUAUAUGUAUUUUUUUCUAAUCAGACUCUAAAAUCAGUUGUUUAUUAUUUAAGUACUAAUUUAUGGUAGAAAAAAACGUAUGGAAAUGUAAAUAUCUAAAUAGUAUACCCCAAAAACUCUUAUUUUCAACAUUAUAUUACAAUAAAAUAUUACUUAUAACAAAAACGUGAAUUCUCUAUGUAAGAUGAACUUGUACGAAAAUAAGAGAUAAAUUUAAAAAUACUGAGUAUCUAUAAUAAAAUGUAUAAAGAAUAAAUGUAUAAAAAUA